GGCUGUCCUGUCUAACCCUUUCUUUGCUCUUCAGGUUCCAUGUAUGAUGGCUUAUCGGACAAUUAUAACAACUAUGGGACCACCAGCCGGAGCAGCUACUACUCCAAGUUCCAGGCAGGAAAUGGCUCAUGGGGAUAUCCGAUGUAUAAUGGGACCCUUAAGCGGGAGCCGGACAACAGGCGCUUUAGCUCCUAUAGCCAGAUGGAGAACUGGAGCCGGCACUACCCACGGGGCAGCUGUGCCACCCCCGGCGCAGGCAGUGACAUCUGCUUCAUGCAGAAAAUCAAGGCGAGCCGGAGUGAGCCCGACCUCUACUGUGAUCCAAAGGGCACCCUGCGCAAAGGCACGCUGACCAAGGGCCACAAGACCACCCAGAACCGCUACAGCUUCUACAGCACCUGCAGUGGCCAGAAAGCCACCAAGAAGUGCCCUGUGCGCCCACCCUCCUGUACCUCCAAGCAAGAGCAGACGUAUGUGCCACCCAUCUCCUGCAACAAGGACUUGUCCUUUGGCCACUCAAGAGCCAGCUCCAAAAUCUGCAGUGAGGACAUCGAGUGCAGUGGACUGACUAUUCCCAAGGCUGUGCAGUACCUGAGCUCCCAGGAUGAGAAGUACCAGGCUAUCGGGGCCUAUUACAUCCAGCACACCUGCUUCCAGGAUGAAUCCGCCAAGCAACAGGUCUACCAGUUGGGAGGCAUCUGCAAGCUGGUGGACCUCCUCCGCAGCUCCAACCAGAACGUGCAGCAGGCUGCAGCUGGGGCCCUGCGCAACCUGGUGUUCCGGAGCAACACCAACAAGCUGGAGACCCGCAGGCAGAACGGGAUCCGUGAGGCCGUCAACCUCCUGAGGAGAACCGGGAGCACGGAGAUCCAGAAACAACUGACUGGGCUGCUCUGGAACCUGUCUUCCACGGAUGAGCUGAAAGAGGAGCUGGUGGCCGAUGCCCUCCCUGUCCUGGCUGACCGGGUCAUCAUUCCCUUCUCGGGCUGGUGUGAUGGCAACAGCAACAUGUCCAGGGACACGGUGGACCCUGAGGUCUUCUUCAACGCCACAGGCUGCCUGAGGAACCUAAGCUCUGCCGAUGCCGGCCGCCAGACCAUGCGGAACUACACAGGGCUCAUCGACUCCCUCAUGGCUUAUGUCCAGAACUGCGUGGCAGCCAGCCGCUGCGACGACAAGUCCGUGGAGAACUGCAUGUGCAUCCUGCACAACCUCUCCUACCGCCUGGACGCCGAGGUGCCCACCCGCUACCGCCAGCUGGAGUAUAACACCCGCAAUAGCUACAUGGAGAAGUCUUCCACUGGCUGCUUCAGCAAUAAGAGCGACAAGAUGAUGAACAACAACUAUGAGUGUCCCCUUCCCGAGGAAGAGACCAACCCCAGGGGCAGCAGCUGGCUGUACCACUCAGAUGCCAUCCGCACCUACCUGAACCUCAUGGGCAAGAGCAAGAAGGAUGCCACCCUGGAGGCCUGUGCUGGCGCCCUGCAGAACCUGACGGCCAGCAAGGGGCUGAUGUCCAGUGGCAUGAGUCAGCUGAUUGGGCUGAAGGAAAAGGGCUUGCCACAAAUUGCCCGCCUCCUGCAAUCUGGCAACUCAGACGUGGUACGGUCCGGGGCCUCCCUCCUAAGCAACAUGUCCCGCCAUCCUGUGCUGCACAGAGUGAUGGGGAACCAAGUAUUCCCAGAGGUGACUAGGCUCCUCACCAGCCACAAUGGCAACACCAGCAACUCUGAAGAUAUCUUGUCUUCAGCUUGCUACACUGUGAGGAACCUGAUGGCCUCGCAGCCGCAGAUGGCCAAGCAGUACUUCUCCAGCAGCAUGCUUAACAACGUCAUCAACCUGUGCCGCAACAGCACCUCACCUAAGGCUGCAGAGGCUGCCCGGCUCCUCCUGUCUGACAUGUGGUCCAUCAGGGAGCUUCAGGGUGUCCUCAGACAGCAAGGUUUCGAUAGGAACAUGCUGGGAACCCUCGCCGGGGCCAACAGCCUCAGGAACUUUACCUCCCGAUUCUAAGAAGAGACUGUCCAAACAAGUUCAGCUUGCAGAAGGCUAUGACCCAGUUGAGAAGACUUCAGGCCUCGCUGGAUGGGUUUUUCUGUUCAUCUUGUGCAGUAUUUGAAAAAUUUGAGAUUCAUCUGAGAACAAACCUGGAAACUGUGGAGGGUGGAAAUAUUUUUAGAUUCCUUUUUUUUCCUCGGGGGAACUGGCAGGCAAUGGGGGGAUUGGGGAGGUGUGGGGGGACUUUCUUCAGUUAAAGGGGCUUACAUCUCGUGUCAAUACUUACUUCUCUGAGAAAUGAUAUAUAUGUGUGUGUGUGUGUGUGUAUAUAAAGUGAGUGUGAAGUUGUGUGUGUGUGUGUGUGUGCAUGUACUGUGUGUUUGAGUACCUAACAGCAUCACCACAAGCUGCAGAAGGCGAGGUAGGUGUGCCAUUUCACUGCAGCUCAGAAGGCGGUGCAGAGGACUCUGUCUUUCCCUUCUAGGCAGGGGCCACAUGUGCUUUUGGGUCAGCUGCCCAUAGAUCGGGGAGCGGGUUGUGCCAGGCCGGUGUCAGUACACAGUACACAGCCUUCCUGCUGCCGUCUCCAAGGGGCAGGGCUGCGCUCACCUCCCGCUUAAGCUGCUGCAGACCAGGAGGUUCAGUGUAUCGAGUGGGAGGACCCCAUGUGCCUGACAGUGCUGCCUUCCCGGAGGACUGGGUUUGGGCAGGGUUUGGGCCACUGGAGACAGAAGGUGCUUUCUUAGCCUUGUAGGCCACUGGGGAGCAGACACCAACGAGAUGGUGUUUGUGGUCUUCCUGGCCUGUGCACACACAGAGCAGCUUCAACCUGCAAACCCUGCUUUUAGGACACCUGUGAUCUGCUUCUCGCAGGAGAAAGAAGCCAAAAAUGGUGCUAGAAGCCACAGGCUGUUCAAGCAAUGGCUGUUUAAUCUGAUCUUCCCGUGUAGAGAGGAAUGGGCAGGGGCUAGGGCUGGGCGUCUGCCUCCUCCUGCUUCGGAUGGAAUGGGGGAGGCAAAUUGGAUCUGACCAGCGAGAUGUUUCCCACCAAGGCCACCGAGAGUCGAGGGAGGGAGAGUCUGGUGUCCUGGGGACUGGAGGAGGGAAUGUAGAUAGGGCAGGAAGUGGAAGGGUCCCCACCGUGCACUUCCCUUGUUUGGACCCACCCUGGAAGGCCUGCUCUUGGCUGUCCUUCCCAGGGACUCCUGGGAGCCCGUUCCACCAGCCCAUCCCAAGAGUAGGUUUCAGGCUAUCUCUGCCAGUCCUCGGGGCCCAGAAUGAUCCAUUUCUUAAAAACCUGUCUGGAGCACCUCCUCCGUACCAGGCAGAGGGUUCUAAACACUCAGAGCACAUCAGCAAACACAGCAGCCCUGGCCCCUGUCCUCACAUGGAUUAUGCUGUCCUGGGGAUGGAAGGAGGAAUGACACAGGGCCCUUGGCUUUAGGAUCCUCCAUUUACAGAGGACUGCACCACAGCUAGGGCAAGAGGGCAGUAAGCCACCCAGGGAGGUGCCCUACGCCCCAGAGUGGUCCAGUCUUCCUGCCACCACUUGGUUCAGUUUCCUUCACCCCAGAAUGGAGAAUCAGAUGGGCCCAUUCCUCUCCUUUGGGAAUGAGGCAGCUACUCCAAACUCAGAGGCCUGACAUGGACAGUUAGGCACCCUCUCUCUUGCCCUCUCAAGCUGGCCAGGUGGGCUGGUCACCCAGGCCUCUGAUCACACCUGUCACUUGGGAAGAACACGAGGGGUGCAUCUUUUACAGAAAGGACCUUGCUAGACUCUUUGUAACUGAGGCACAUCUUAGUAUCUUAAGUCCACAGUGGCCCCAUGCUAUGAGGAUCAAAACCCAAAAUAAGAAAGUUCCAGAUUGGGAGCAAAUGAGGAAGGACACCAAACCCCCACCCGCCUUGAGUCUGGGGCAUCCUGUGCUUAAGACUCACUGACCACCAGUGGCUUCUCCAGUAGGGCUCCACCCCACAGUUCUCUGGGGACCCCAGCGACAGGAUGUUCUUUGCUGGCUAAGAGAUAAUGAUGGGGCUCCAGGACAGCAGGGAGGGAGGCCCCGGAUGCGGUGAGGAAUCUGGGAGGCGCCCUCUAGCCCAUCCCUCCCCCUCCUUCAUGUUUGUGUAAGACUCUUGCGCUGGCCAAGUUUAGUUUCCCUGCAUAAUGCACCAUGUAUAUGCUUUAGUGCGUGGGGGGGGUUGUUUUUUGUUU